AUGCCCUUAAGUCCCACGUUUGAGAAGUACGAAGUGGAACAGGAGGUGAGGUCUGCCGGCGCUGACGUAGUCAUGACAUCCGCUCAAGACUUUCAUAAGUUUGAGUGGAUUUUGGAUGACUCGCGAAAUAACAACAAAAAUCCGGUGAAACUUGUGGUCCUUUUCGACGGCAAACACGAUAAGCACGUGACUUAUGAGGAGCUCCGGGAUGAGGGAAAGGGUCAGAAAUUGGCACAAAUACCACACUUCGAUGUAAACCCCGAGAAAGAUAUGCUAUUUUACAUACACACGUCUGGCACUACCGGUGCCCCUAAAUGUGCUAUGGUCCCACAUCGUAGUGUGUUAAACAAAAUUAAUAACCCCAAUAAUCAGGGCUACGGUAUGACCGAGUACCCUGCCCUAGCUAGAAACCGGGAACAGGGAGAGUACAUACCGGGUAACUGUGGACAAGUCAGUGCGGGAACGGAGGUUAAAGUCGUCGACUUGACUACCGGUGAAAGUCUGGGCCCUAAUACCGACGGAGAGAUAUGCGUUCGCGGAGUCAAUCUGAUCGCCGGUUACCUCAAUAACCCGAAGGCCUGGGAGGCGGCGGUGGACGGGGAG